CUAACCCUUCUUCAAUCAUUCUCCGUGUACCAGCUCUCAAGCUGUCCAAGAAUCCUAAUCUUACAUUUCCUUGCACAGGGCCAAUUCCUCCAUAGCAUUGAUCCAUGGCCAACGCCAAGAGGAUGGGCAGCCUUUUGCUAAGGCUUAUUGCCUUUGGCGCAACACUAACAGCAGUGAUUGUAAUGGUAACAGCUCGAGACAAAGCUACGUUUUUCACCGUCUCUUACGAAGCAAGAUUCAGCGAUACUCCUGCUUUUAAGUACUUUGUCGUUGCAUACACAAUUGUGAGCAUCUAUGGAUUUUUAGUUCUCUUUCUUCCAUCGGAGAGUUUGCUCUGGCGAUUAGUUGUCGCCUUGGAUUUGGUUUUCACAAUGCUGCUCACCUCAGGCGCUUCAGCAGCAUUGGCAAUUGGUUAUGUUGGGAAGAAAGGAAAUCCAAACGCAGGAUGGCUACCCAUCUGUGGUCAAGUUCCCAAGUACUGCAACCAAGCAACUGUAGCAUUAGUUGCUGGAUUCAUUGGCCUCAUAAUCUAUACAAUGCUUGUUCUCCACUCGAUUCAUGCCGUCCUCAAUCCUCUCCUUCUCCAGAAAUCUUAGAUGGGUUCAGGAAUGGCAUUAAGUUUUUGUUCUAUAUGAUAGCUUUACAUUUCUCUUUUAGAUUGUGUGUAUGGUUUUUUGUAUGUCAUUAGAAACAGGUUUAACUGCCUAUUUGGUUUUUUGUAUGUCAUUAGAGGAGGAAAAGGAAUGGGAGGGGAGGAAAACUUAGUAUAACUAAUCAAAUUGCUUCGUUAGCCCAAUGACUUAAUUUGAUUGGUCAAAAUGAAGUCAUCUUCUCUUUUCUUUCCUCCCUUUCCUUCAUUUUUCUUUAAACGUUAUGAAAAUAAAAGUAUCGAAGUGUAGCACGGGAUAUGUGUCCUCUGCCAACAAUCAAAAUCGGUCAACUCA